GGAGCUAUUAGUUAAUGAAGGAGGAGGAUACAUAAUGCACUUCAAUUCUUCAAGGGUAAAAUUGAUGUUACAUCUUUCAAAAAACCAGUGUGUUUUGUCAAAUUUAUAAUGGGUCAAUGACAAGACAAUCAAACAGCAACUUAGCAACUAUCACAAAGUACACAUGAGAAGCAAUUUUCAACACUUUUGCUUUUUCUUAAAAAACGAAAUAUGCAGAAACUAAAAGUAUUUUUAUUUCUGUCGUUCUCUGGAAUUGUUCUGACAUUAUGGAUUGAUCAACUAUUUAAGAAUGAUUCCACAAAAAUAUUAUGGGAUAAGAGCGAUAUUUCGAUAAAAUGUUUCAACAAUUAUAGAGAUCAAGCAUAUCAAAACUACAAAAGUACCAGUUGGAAUUACAACAGAACCAAUCUUAGAGACAACAGUACUAACCUGAGGAACAAUUGUACCACUGAUGGUGCAAUUUGGAUUAAUAGCAGUCAAAGUAGAAAUAGUACCAAUCAGAGUAACAAUAGUGCCACUCAAAGUAACAACAGUGCAAACAAAGGCACUAAUACUCAAAAUGACAAAACUGAAAUAAACUUUUCACGGGACAUUAGCUCAAGGCAUUUUUACAUUGAAAGGGAGAACCCUACAAGCGUACCCAAUGUUGUACACUAUAUCUGGUUUGGGAAACGAAACUUUGAAUUUCUCAAUGCAUUAUCAGUUUACAGCGCAUACAGAUUCAUCAAUCCCUUUGAGAUUAUUUUUCAUGGUGAUACUGUGCCCUCUGGGAAAUGGUGGAAUUUUGUUUUAAGGAACACAAAGCGUGUACGCUUUGUCCAUACACUAAAGCCAUUGAGGGUGUAUGGAAAGAAACUAGUACAUGUGGAACAUUCUGCUGAUAUAUUACGCC